AUGGGGUCAUCCGUCUUCGGGCAAGAUGGUCUGCGCAUCGAUCCCCCCGAGGGCCUGGUGGAGGAGUUGCCCAUGGACAGGGCAGAGGAAGAGAGCCCGUCUAACACCAAGGCUCUGGGGGGCCAGCACCCGCCAGGACGGCUCGGCCGCCCCCAGCUCGAUCCCCGCACCCGCCGGUUUUCCGUGGCCGGCCCAGGUCACCCAGCUGUCCGUGUCCUGCUGUCCACUCGCAAGCCAACCCACAAGUAUCCAGUGACUCUGCAUCUGCGCUUUGUCACAGCGUCUCUGAGACGGUGUUCUAUGAUCCCGCAGACCCUGCGCUCCUUCCUGGGGGUCCUCACCUCCCUCUGCAGGCGACACCAUCAGAGGAAGGCGGUGCUGGGUGCUCGCAUCUCCACGAUGUGCCGCGGCUCAGCGUCCGCAGUGGGCACGGUCCCUGUGUGUGGUGGGCGCCAGCAGCAGGUCACCCCCGUGCCGCCCACCACACUCAGGUGUACCCCGGGCUCCUGCACAGAGAAGACGGUGAGGAGGGCCCUGGGAGAGAGCGGGAAGGGGCUGGCCCAGCAGGAGGAAGACCCCGCAUUCACAGAGAAGGACCAUCAGAAAGGGGGCCCCGAUGGCUCUCGGGGUGAACGAUCAACAUUUAGGCCCCUUGGGGCCCGGGGAGACUUCUCUGCCUUCGUGCCCAGGCCUGGGCCUCUGCGGAGAAACCUCCACGCCAAGAGCUCAGUAGACGGAUCCACGGAGAAACUCCAGACCUCUUGUGUGAGCUCCUGCCCCCAAAGAAAUGCCAUCACGAGCUCCCACAGCUCCACCCGAGGUUUCCCGCCAGGGCAGAGGAGGACAGGCCCCUGCAUGCCGCGAGGGCUGCCCAGGAGGUCCUCGAGGAAAGCGAGCGAGGGGGGCCCGCCGCCGCCCUGUGCCGCCCACGUGGCUUCCCAGAGCAACAGCCGGCCUGAGGACGCGGAGGCUUCCAGGGGGCAGAAACGAACCUGGGAGAAUGGCCCCGCCACAUCGGACCGUCCCAGGCCCGGAAGACGCAGGUUUCCUCUGCUGCCGCGCAGGCGAGGGGAGCCGCUGAGGCUGCCCGCACCCCCUGAGCUGGGUUUCCGAGUUACCGCCGAAGACCUGGACGCGGAGAAAGCAGCAGCGUUCCGGCGCAUCAACAGCGCGCUGCGGGAUGAGACCCCAGCCCCGCAGCCCUGCCGUCGCUUCCCCGCGCCUGCCGACCCUCCGGCCCCCGGCAGGGCUCCUCGGCCCGAGAGAGGCCAGAGGGAGUCGGCCUCCCCAGCGCCAGUGGACGCCCGGGCGUCUGCUGGAGGGGCCCCCGCUGCGCAUCCCUGGUCAGGGGGAAGGCACGGCUCCCCCGGGCCCCUCUCUCCCCGGUCCCAGGCCCUCUCGGGCGCUCCUUCCCACUCACGGCCCCCCGCCCCUUUCACCUUGCCCACCCCCGCUUCCUCCCCAGGAUCGGGCAGCGCGGGCCUGUCUGCUCGGCCCCCAAGCCCCUCCGCCCCUGCUUCGGCACCCGCGCCAGGCACGGCGGGAGCGAGGGGAAGCCCGGCUCCGGCCCCGGGUGCGACUUGGCUUCCCGGCUUCCAGCAGAAGCCGGUCCGGGGACCUCUUAGGAACGCGGCAGGAGGAGGAGGCCCUUCCCAGCCCCCGGCGUGGGGCCCUGCUGCGGAAGAUGCCACACCGGCCUUCCCUGCAGCGCUGGGCUCCUCGGGCUUGGGGUCCCCCACACCCAUGUGCCUGGACUCUCCUGUCUUCACCCGCCAUAGCCCCCCUCCCAUAUCUGAUCCUCAAUCCCUGCCCCCCACCAGCCAGCUCAUCCGGUCUUCUCUCCCAACCAGACCCUCACCCUGCACAUCUGGGGGCCUGACUCCCCACCCCGCUUCUGACACUCAGGUCACCCCCAUGGACACCAUUCCACCCUCCCAGUCUCCCCUCUUCGGGUCUCCUCCUGGAUCCAGCAGGAGCCUCUUCCCAUCUUCCCAGGCCCUGCAGACGCCCCCCAGGGACAGCGCGGCCUCUGUCACGGUCAGCACCAGCCUGCCUGGACUCCGGUUCAGCGGCUCCUCUCACACCAGAGCCCCUGCCCAGCCCAUCUCUGGGGCCCCUGACGUGCAGCAGCGCGGAGCCCCAGCCUGGGACCACUCUCCACACUACAGAAACCCGGCAGCUCCAGCCCUAACAGGGGACCCAACCUCUGCUCCAGGGCCCCCAGCUCCACCCACCAACUCCCCCAUGGGCAUCCAUGCCAGCACCCAGCCGGCCUUGGCUGCCACCCCAGCUGCAUUCCCACCCGGCCCAGCCCCUGCCCCUGGCUCUGCAGCUGCCACCUGCGUGCCCCAGGCCGUGCCCAGUGCUGGGCCCAACAGCGGGCCGCGCUGCUCCACAGUUGGUGGAUCAAGCACAGCCCCCUGCAGGUCGGGGGGCCCGGCCGAACCUCGGGGCGUUGGGAACGGAGCAUCUGUCCUGGAUCUCAGCUGCCCCUUUGCUGCUCUCAGCAUUUCAACACAAAGAAGGGGAGCCCGGAGAACCACACACAGCAGAGCGGGAAGAGUGGCCCAGAACACCGGGGCCUUCCUGGCCAGAGCCCCCCCAUGGUGA